UAUAUAAUUGUAGAUUCAUACACUUCAAACUCUACUUUUUUGUUGCUUCCAGAUCACAAGAAAAAAGUUGCUAGGCGAUAUCAAAAUUUCACAGCAAAUAGGACACCAAAUCAUUAUAAUCAAUCUCUUCACCAGUACAACAUAAUCUAGAUGCUUCAUGGCAAGAUAGGAAGCAACAUAUAUCAUCUAGUGUUGGUACUAUCAUUCAAAGUUAUAGUUGUUUUAUGCACAGAUUUCAAUUCAUCAUUUUCACCAGAUCAUAUACAAUAUUUACAAUUAGAGACCAAAAAGCUAUUUGAACAUGCUUGGGAUUCAUAUAUAGAAUACGGGUUUCCAGCAGACGAAGUACGGCCUAUUACAUGCGAACCAUAUGGUCCUGAUUAUAAUAAUGUAGAAGAUACAGUUCGAAAUGAUGCAUUGGGGAAUGUAUCACUGACAGUGCUUGAUAAUCUUGAUUCAUUAGUCAUAUUCGAAGAAUGGGAUCAAUUAGAGGCCAUGUUGGAAUAUCUUAAACAUAAACAAGAUUUAUUCGAGCAGGACACUAUCGUUCAAAUAUUUGAAUUAUCUAUUCGUUCAUUGGGAGGAUUGUUAUCAGCUCAUUUGUUAUUAACAGAUAUCACUAAUAAGAAAUACGCUCCUGAAAAAUUCACUAAAUUAAAAGAGAUUUCCGAUAAAUAUGAUGGAUUUCUAUUGGAACUUGCGUAUGACCUUGGAUUGCGGUUGAUACCAGCAUAUAAGACUUCAUCAAGAGUUCCGGUUCCUAGAAUUAAUCUUGCCAAAGGUGUUUUACAUGUUCCAGCCCAUCUUCAAAGAGACGCAUGCACAUCAGGAGCAACUACCCCAGUAUUGGAAUUUACCUUGUUAUCGAGAUUAACAGGUGAUCCUCAAUUUGAACAUUUCUCCCAAAUGACGUUUUGGAAAUUAUGGUCAUCAAAGCUGAAGUUAAAUUUCUUACCCAUGACAAUAGAUCCUAUCGAGAAUCAAUGGAAAGAUGCUAUAACAGGUAUUGGAGCUUCCAUCGAUUCAUUUUAUGAAUAUGCUGCCAAAGCAUCGAUAAUUUUCAAUGACGAUUAUAUGUGGUCAGUGUUCAAAACUUCAUACAAAGCAUUAUUAACUCACCUGGCCCAUGGAGGUGGUCCUAAUGAAGGAAGUAUGAUCUUCAGGAAUGUGGGUAUUCACGAUGGUGUGAUAUAUGGAGAUUGGAUUGAUCUGUUGGGAGCGUUUUGGACUGGUGUACAGGUGUUAACAGGGCAAUUGAAAGAUGCAGUCAAGACACAUAUGGUGUAUCUUAAAAUUUGGGAUUAUUUUGAACUGAUACCAGAAAGAUGGAUAUUUGCCCACUAUACUAAGCAAGAUAAACCGGCAGAAGAUUUCAGCAAUAUUAUUGCAUUAGAGUGGUAUCCUUUGAGACCAGAAUUUAUCGAAUCAACUUAUUACUUAUACAGGGCAACUAAGGAUCCUAUGUAUUUACAGAUUGGUGAAAGAAUUCUUAAUGUUUUUAAAACCAGAUUCAAAGCCAAAUGUGGAUUUAGUGGAUUGCAAGAUGUCAGAACUGGUCAACGUCAAAAUAGAAUGGAAACUUUCGUCAUGGGAGAAACAUUAAAGUAUUUAUAUCUCUUGUUUGAUGUCAAUGAUGAUAUAUUUCUUCAUAACAAUUAUUUAAUGGGAAGUAAAAAUUGGGUGUUUUCUACGGAAGCUCAUCCUUUAUGGUUGAGUAAACAUAUUCAUCCUACUCAUAAAGUUAAAUUUUCAGAUGAUGACAGCAAGGAAGUUAUCUCUUUAAGACAACCAAUGUUUCAACAAUUUCUAUCAAUCAUUCAUAGCUACGACUCUAGAAGAGAAAAUCUUUUCCAAUCAGAAGAAAAAUUAUACUAUAGAAAUAUCACCUUACCAACAGUUCGUCAUUUCAAAGUUCCAAAUUUAAAAUCCAUGUAUAAAAAGGAUCCAUUUAAAGAUAGAUUCAAUACCUGUGAAAUAAGUCCAUUUAAAUCAAACGGUAAUCCAUUCCUUAAAUCAGGUUACUACGAAUGGAAUAGACUCUUCAAUGCUGAUUUUGCAUUUCAAGAUAGUCUUGUUAGACCAGAUUAUUUGUCUAAGAGUCAUCUUGAUGGUUCAUAUAUUGAGUUGACUAAAUCGUUUUAUGAUAAAUACACUAUGUUCUCCAAGGGAAAUAAUACAUUUUUCUUGCAAUGUCCUGUCAUGUCGAAUACUGAAAAGUAUGAGUUAUUUAUGGGAGAUAUCAAAGGAAUCAAUGAAAUUGAGGUUUCUAGAUUAUAUUAUAAGAAACAGCAGGCUGCAAAUAUAACCAACGAAAUACUGCCUGUGAUAGAUGGAGACUUUUGGAUUCCAGAAAUAAAUGCCUUGCGGGUGAUUAUAGAAAAAUUAGCAGAUGGCAAGAUUGACUCCUAUAACCAACUUAUAACACAUGAAUACAUAAGGUCAAUCAGAAUCGAUGAUUAUGAUAAUGAGUCUACAUGUGACAGCAAGGGUAACGAACAAGCGAAUGUGGGUCAUUCUGGUAGAGAUAUAAAUAUUGCUCUUAGAUUAGUCAAGAUCAAUGGUGUUCAUGUUCCAGCAGGAUCUAUAGUCUGGACGAUGCCGUUCGAAAGACAUAUCCCAGAGCCGGGAAAGGAUUCUCUAAUCGAUAUCACCAGUGAUAACAGAGUAAUACUUCAAGGAAACGUUAUAGAGAAUCUUAUGGUGUGGUAUGGUUAAAGACAGAUGUAUAUAUGCAAACUUUCACUGUAUUAUAAUAAAUUUUGUAUUUUUAGAUAUACUUAUUAGAUUACUGAGGGGUUAUAGCUUCAAAGCUUAGUAAUAUUUAAUAAACUAUUCUGGUUGCCUGUAGAAUUGAUUUA